AUGGUUUGGCGUGCCUUGGACGCGGAAAAGACGUAUACAGAGACAAGGAGAUCUGAUCUUUGCAGCGGCGAAGGAUGGGCAAGCGUGGGUAACUGCCUUCUGGCAACCAACGUGCGACUAGAAAUCCGCAGGCGUUCCCGCCUAUCGCCGCGAGAUGGUGGUGUGUCCUCGCAUGACCCGAUCCAGUAUCCGCUGGCCGUUGUGCAACACGUUGCUGGCAGUACGACGAGCUGCCUCUUCUUUCGGGGAGCCACUUGGGCUGACGAGAACAUCAGAUACGAACACAACGCAAAUGCUUCUCUGUCGACGAUCGAUGGCCCUCCACAACAGCCGACACUCUUAAACCUGUUCAAUCCACCUAUAACCAACACCACUCCGUACUCCGCUGACGGCGGCUUCUACCAUCCAGCCGCCUCACACGUCUUCUCCAGCCUCGACGUCAGGCCUCGCCUGGGCUCAAACACCUCUUCAACGGGCAUGGCACAUGCCCACCGCUCCACAACAUUACCCCAUCCUGGCACACACAUCAGCACUCGAGACCAGUAUUCUCCGGCGACGCCAUCGUUCAGGAGGGUGUCGGAGCACCAGCCCAGAUCCCCAUCAUACCCAACUGCUCUACGGCGCCACCCCAUCUCGCCAACAUCCAGCCCCAUCACCGGCUUCACAGCGCCCGCGGCUCUGAGAAUGGAUCCCGGCCACUACACUUCGCCCUCCUCCAGGGCGCAGGCGAGCGUGCCUCCCCUGAGCCCCAUCACUCCCCUCGGCAUUCUCCAAUACACCGAAGGAGGGGGCAUGCAAGUCAAGAUUGACAUACACGGCAACAUUGACAAGGGCUUCUUCCAGUCUGACGGAGACUGGACCUGCUACAGGAGGAACUACUUUUCUUGCAUCUGCUCCUUCAGUUUGACCCCUCACUAUCCCGGCCAAGCUUUGCAGUUCACCCAACAAGGCUCAACGCAGCCGUACUCGGUUCUCGGAUUCGCCAUGUCCAUCUCAGCCGUUGUUGCUGACAAUGACUCCCAUGUCAUCGAACUCGUACAGCAUACGCCCAAGAGAGAUAAAGGUCCCGUCGAGAAGCCCAGCAAAGUACGCCUUCACCCGAAACACCCUCAAAUGGCAGCACACCCCCUGGGUCUCUACUCCCACGAUAACACGCUGGGGGGCCCAUCAAGAAUCGGCUACGACGCCGGUGGGGGAUUCGGCGGCCAGCAAGGUGGCGGUGACUCGUACCAGACGGAACACACUUUCGAGCGCAUCCAGUUCAAGCAGGCCACGGCGAACAAUGGAAAGAGGCGAGCGGCCCAACAGUAUUAUCACCUUCUGAUUGAGUUAUGGGCCGACGUAGGAUCGCAAGGCCCGGACAACUUUGUACGGAUCGCCUAUCGAAAGUCGGCCAAGAUGAUUGUGCGCGGCCGAUCUCCGGGACAUUACCAGAGCGAGAGGCGUGCCAGCACAAGCAGCGGGCCAGGAGGUUCGGGCGGGAGCUUCACCGGCUACUCAAACAACCCGAUCAUUGGGUCCGACUUUGGGCCAGCAGGUGCCAUGGUGGGAAGCGGCUACGGCGGAGGUUUCGAUUCCCGGGGAAGCACUCAUUACGGGUCGACUCGACAUCAUCCCGAGCUCGAGACCAUGCUACCUCCGGAGGACGCCAAAGCCAUCGACACGACGAAAGAGUACCAAUACUUUCCGGGCCACAUCUACGACGCAAGCGAUUCAAGGGGCGGUGUGGAAAUGUUCACCCACAAUCGGAACACGCAGGAGAACUUGGUACCGCACAUGACGCCAGCCUACGACCCGCUUCACGAAAGAGUCAAGCGUGAUCCGGAGGGGGCCAUGCUGCCAAGCAUUUUCCAGCCUGGGGCGCUCAUGUCGAACCAAAGAUGCGGUCCUUUCGAGGGCAAAUCAACAUCCGGUGGGUAUUACCCAACCAUGGUGCCCCAAUCCGGUGUCAACGUCUCCAACAUGACAUGA